AUGCCGCCCGUCAUCCAGAGCUUCAGCGAGGAGAGGCGCCAGAACGGCGACAGCAAGAACGGCGCCGCCGUGGCGAACGGAGACGCGAGUCCGCCCGCCACGCGCUCCAUGUACGACUUUUUGUUCCCCUCGGGCGGCCGCGCGGAGGCCAACGGAGCGAGCGGCAGCAGGUCGCUCAAGAGGAAGCGACGCAGCGCCCGACGUGCCGACGACCUGGCGGCCGCAGAGGUGGACCUGCUCCGCUUCGGCGUGGACGCGGCCAAGCUCGUGCCGCAGGGGCUCGUCGACCGCGUGGACGUCCAUAUGAGCCGCGCGGUGCUGGUCAAAGUCGUGGGCAACCACGUGGCCAACUGGUGCAGCCGCGCGGGCUUCGCGCCCAGCUUCCGGCAGGAGCUCACCACGCUGCUCGCGGCGUACUACCCGUGCAACUACCCGACGCUGCUGGACGAGGUGCUGGCCGGGUUCCUGUUCAAGAGACCGGAGUUCAUGGAUUUAUUGUUGCCGCCCAUGCUCGAGAAGAUGAGCAAGGCCGGCGAGUCGGUGUCGACGACCAAGUAUCCCGUGGCGGACGCCUUGGUGAGGAUGUGCGCCACGUCGGCGGUGAGGACGAGCUCGCAGGCGGUGGCGCGCCAUGAUCUCGCGUGCAGGUCGCUGCUGCGCUGUCUGGCGGAGAACAACGGAGACAGAUUCGUGCUGAGCCCCUGGAUCGUGGCGUGUGCUGUUGAAUCUAGUGACACGGUGCUCCGUACGUUGUGGCGAGCGCUGCUGCCUCGGUACACGGUGGCAGAGCCGGAUGAGGAUGACCUAGACUGGCAGAUUCAAGAACCGGGGCAGCAGAUCGUGGAGCUGCUGGCUGAGGAAGGCAAGCUGCGCGCGUGUCGAAUGACCUGCGGGUUCGUGGAGCUGCUUCUGAGUGAUGAUGAUAUGAAGCAGCAGCUUGUGAACGCGCGGUCGUAUCUGAUCCCCGACUGCCUGGAGCGGGCAUUCAAGUAUGCUGGCACAAGUUGGAGCGCAUCGCUGAUGGCGGAGUGGAUGAAGCGGCGCCGGAAGCAACACGCUGAUGGGGCCCAGUUCAAAGACCUCGUGGACUUCUUAGUUCGCUUCAAUUCGAAAUUGAGUGUGAAGAAGCCAGAAUGGUUUGUCCAACACGUUCUGAGCUUCGUGUUGUCCCCUCAAUGCCAGGUAGAAGAGCAGGAGCCGGCACUGCGCGCAAUCCUGCGUGACUACAUGCCGUUCGUGUUUGGCGCAGUAGACGAGCAGUCGAAUGAGCAGAAGAGUCGACAGAAUGGUUCUGCUGACUCGGCAGCCACUGACGCAAGUGGGAAGACGGGAUCUCUCGACGUCGUUGUUAGUCAAGCUGUCCUGGAGGCCCGAAGCAAGAUGGAGUUGGUCGUCGGUCUUUUGAUUGCUGCGAGUGCUCGGACAAGUGCAUUGUUCGUCGACAUUUGGUCCGAGGUUUGGUCAGACAAGCGGACAGCGCCUUCUUGGAGCCAAGUGCACGCACUAACCAGCGUUGCAAUCCAAGAUAGCGUGGAGGACCAGAGUGAGUUUGGGCAAAAGCUUCACAGUCUGACGACGCGAGUUUGCCGGCUGUACUACUACCGUCUGAGUCGUCAUAUCGGAGACGACAACACACACGACGAAGUCGCUGUCAAGUUCUCGGAGGCGCUCAACCUCCUCCUGCCGUCUACUCGCCUGAUUGCACACGCUUUGUUGCAAGAAGUCCUGGGCGCCCUGGCGGGCUUUGAUCAAGAGCAUUCGGCCGACGCGUGUACAAUUUUCGGCAAUGCCGUCACACUGCAGCUUGGUAAAUGCGGUGGCGCUGGCGGUGGCGUGAGGACCAGCGUGAAGCGAGGCGUUGUACAAAAGUCGCUUUCACUGGCUGGGACGAACAACACAACGGGAGAUUUUAUCCGGCGCGUGCUAUCCUCUGGACAUUUGGUGCGCUUAUUAGCUGGCCUGCUCAACGUUGGGCGGAGGAGACGGAGGCAGGAAAUGCUGUUGGAUGUAAUGGAUGUCGUCGUGAUCGGCAAUACGUCGGCGAAGCUGGACGGAGAGUGGGCUCGCCAGUAUGUCGUGCAAGAGCUUGUGUAUUGCGCGUACACUGGCCCGCCCAGCUCGGCGAGGAAGGCGAUUGCGCUAUUGCAAAACAUUUUCCGACACAGCACGAAUGGAGUUCGAGCGUUGCUGUGGGUGAUUCUGCAGCAGUGCACGAAGCUCUGUUGUGGACGCGAAGAGAAGCCUGGCGAUGUCCCUCCUUCAGAUAAUUACCAGGGGAGGGCGGACUCGUUCGCGGAGCUGGUGAAGGCGAUGGUAAUCACAGUCCCCGAGAGCACAGUGCGUGAAGUGUUGAGUUUCGUGGAGCAGAAGCUCUCGUCGUGCUCCGUUGGGAAGACACGGAUGAACCUGUUCCUGCUGCUGCUACUCCGGAAACUGGUUGUUUGCGAGCUUAAAUGUGGCGUGCUCCUCCCCGUCGUGCAGCUUGCCGUGUGUCCACUGGCGCCUUCCGACUUCGAUCGGAUCCGGUUGAUUCAGCUGCAGUUGCUGAAGGCGCUGUGCUCGCGGUUGGUGGCUGUUCGGCUCCGCCCAGGAGCGUUGAAGCACACAGACUGGAAGCGCUGCGAGGGUCUGAUUCGCAACGAACGGUUACAGUCUGAUCUCCGAUCAAUGGUGAAGCGAACUGGUCGUGCCUCCGAGGUGUUGGCUCAGGGUAUUUUGGCGUUUACACAUCAGCUCAAGCAACAGGGCCUCAUAGACGAAGACGAAGGGGCUCGAAGGGAACUGAAGAAAGGCAGGAUGAAAUGA